UAAAUUAAAAGUCGUCUGUCCCUCCGCUCUCCGGUCCCUUGGUUAAAAUCCCUAAAAUUCUCGGCGUUUAGGGUCUUUUUGGUGAGUUGAAGGCUCGUGGUUUCUCCUAUUCGAAAAGUGAAUCACCGGAAGGACGAGAAUUUCAGUGUCUCUCCUGUCUCGACUCGUCGAAAACGAACGGUUUGAGGCGCUGUUUGUCCUAAGUCCCAGCACGAUUGUUUCCUGAUUCUUUGAAGAAGAAGGAAGGAAAAGUCCAAAAUGCUACAAAGUGUCCAACACCAAAUUGUUCAGUCGCCUGCUCGGUUAGGCCUUCCAAAUCCAAAUUCACCCUCUCUUCAAAACUCUACGGCUCCAAAACUCUCCUCUCAAAUCCCACAAUCGCAGCAACCACACCAACAGUCAAAUCUGUCAACUACCACAACCUCCUCAACCCUCCUUUCUCUCCUUCCACCUCUCUCUAGAGCCCAAUCUCUCCUCCUCCAGAUGGCUUCCCUUGCAUCUAGACUCUUUGAGGUCUCACCUAACCGAUCCCUUUGGCUCACCUCCUUUAGAGGCACCCUCCCUACCUUUCUUUCUUCUCAAUCCAUACCCCCAACCCCAACUCCACUUGAACACUCUCCUUCCUCCACCAAAGAAAUCCUUUCCCUUUUCACGUCCCUUCAAACUCAACUCUUUGAAGCAGUUGCAGAACUUCAAGAAAUUCUUGAUCUACAAGAUGCUAAGCAAAAGAUCACACGUGAAAUCCGGUCCAAGGAUUCUGCCAUUCUUGCCUUUGCCAAUAAACUAAAGGAAGCUGAGGCGGUUCUUGACAUACUUGUUGAUGACUACUCUGAUUAUCGUCGCCCCAAACGAUCAAACACAGCUGAUGAUUCUGAGGAUUCUUCUUCAUGUACCACUACUGUUGCUUCUCAGCUAAAUUUAUCAGAUAUUUUGUCAUAUGCCCACCGGAUAAGCUACACAACCUUUGCACCACCAGAAUUUGGUGCUGGUCAGGCUCCUCUUCGUGGUGCGCUUCCUCCUGCCCCACAGGAGGAGCAAAUGCGUGCUUCCCAGCUAUACAACUUUUCUGACCUUGAUGUCGGUUUACCUAAAGCAGUAGGAAUCAAGGAGAAGACAAUUGAAACAUUCAUUGAACCCCCACCUGCACAACCUGCAGAUUCCAACCCACUUGCCAAUCUACCUUCAAUUCAGGGUUUGCUUCCUCCAAACAUCACAGUUCCAUCAGGUUGGAAACCUGGGAUGCCGGUGGAAUUGCCAAGCUUACCAAUUGUGCCUCCACCUGGAUGGAAACCUGGGGACCCGGUGCCAUUGCCCCCACUGGAGUCUAUUCCAAUUCCUUCUAGAGCUGAGGAGCAACUUCCACGACCCCUUGCUGCUCAUGGAUUGCAAAAGGCUCCUGAGCCAAUACAUGUUCCACAUGUUCAGCUGGAUAUUAACCUCGAUCAAGAUGAUGAUAGUAGUGAUUAUAGUAGUGAAAUGGGAAGCUCUGAAGACGAAGAUUGACAUUUAACUAGAUGCUUGACUCAUUGAUGUUAAGGCAAGCAAAAUGAUCCAGAUCCAGAAACCUGCUUGUACAAUAGUUUCUUGUCAUUGUAUAUAAAUUUUCAUACCUGGUGGGAAUCAAUACUGCUUGGAAUGAGCUGUAUUAAGGAGGGACUUGUUUAUCUCUGUGAUUCGUAAUCCCUAUUUUUUUUCUUUUUUUAAAUGAGAUGUAUUAAGGAGGGACCUAUUUAUCUCUGUGAUUCAUAAUCUUUUUUUUUCACUUCCUGAAAUUUGCUACUUAGAUGGUAGGCAAACCAGGAGCUCAGAUCUCAUAGAUGUACUUGAGCUUGAAAUCAUCCAUAUGAGCACACUUCCAAUUCGGAUAUUAACAGCCUUGUGUAUGUCAUGCCUGCACUCUUCAGCAUUAGGGAAUAAAAGGGGUUGUUCCUAAGCUUAUACAUUUUGCU